AUGGGGCAGAUCGAGUGGGCCAUGUGGGCGAACGAGCAGGCGCUGGCCGCCGGGCUCAGUGAGUGUGAGGGGGUCUGGGGCGCUGCAGGCGUCCUGGUGUGCCUGCUCGAGUAUCCCCGGAGCAAACGCAAGAAGGGCUCCACCAUGGAGAGGUGUGGCCAGAAGUACCUGACAGCCGUGGUGAAGCUCCUGGGGCCCCUCACCAGGAAUUAUUACAUCCGAGCCGUCCUGCACGCUGCCCUGGCUGUCCCUGCUGGGUUCCUCCUCUCCACCAUCCUGGGCACCGUCUGCCUGGGCAUUGCCAGCGGCAUCUACCUGCUGGCUGCAGUCCGAGGGGAGGAGUGGAGACCCAUCGAGCAGAAGCCCCGGGAGAGGCCCAAAGGGGGGGGCACCAUGAAGCCGCCCCCCAGCAACCCCCCGCCCCGGCCGCCCCCCGACGCCCGCAGGAAGCAGCCGGAGCUGGGGGGGCAGGUGAACCCCAUCCCUGUGGAGGUGGAAUAACGGGGGGUCCCCCUGCCCUGCUCCUGCUCCUGCUCCUGCUUCCCAGCUGCUCCUGGAUCCACUGCAGCCAUUGGGCUCCUGGGGGUCCCCAAAACCCCGGGGCUCUGAGCCCCUUGCUGGGGGUCCCCAGCUCCUGGGAUCAUCAGUUCCCCUGGGCUCCCCAAGGGGUUCCCAAAUCCCCAGUGAUGCUCUGGGGUUCCCAGCUCUCCUGGGGAUCCCUAAAUCCCCCCAGCAAUGCUCAGCUCCUUAUAGAAUCUCCAUCUGCUGGGGAUCCCCAAAUCCCCCAGGAUGCUCAGCUCCCAAAUCCCUAUAGAUGCUCAGCUCGUUGUAGGAUCUCCAUCUCCUGGGGAUCCCCAAAUCCCCUAAGAUGCCCAGCUCCCAAAUUCCCAGUGAUCUGAUGCUCCCUGUGGGGUUUCCAGCUCUCAGGGGCUUCCCAACUUCUGGAGAUUCCCAAAUCCCUGGGCAUGCUCUGCUCCCUGAGGGUCCCCCAAUUCUCUAAGCAUCCCCAGUUCCCUGGGGGAUCCCCAAAUCCCUGUGGGAUUCCAACUCUCAGGGAUUCCCCAGCUCCCAGGGGGAUCAGGCAGCUCUGCUCCUGCUCUCCCUGGUUUUUGUCAUUUCUGCAGUUGCUGUUGCAAUAAAAAGUGGGAA